AUGUUCCCUAGAAUAUUUUUCAAUCCGCUCCAAAAAGCGAAAAGUACCUUUCCCGUAAUACUUUCAAAUUCAAAUUCACUAGUUCUUCCGUACAUUUAUUUAAAUCAAGUAACAUAUAUAAAAGCAUUAACCCUUCAAGAAUUUUUAGUUAAAAGUAGAAUAGAAAAUAAAUUGGAGGAUGAUUUGUUGUUGUUGGUACAGCAUCCACCUACUUAUACCACUGGUAGAAGAGAUAAGGGAAGGGGAGAAUUUGAGAGACUUCGAUUACAAGAAUUUGGCGCAGAAUAUCAUGAAACCUUGAGGGGCGGACAAAUUACGUUUCAUGGACCUGGACAAUUGCUUUCGGUAAGAUGUUAUGUUGCUGCUAUAGAACGGAUGAUUAUAGACACGUGUAUAAAAUAUGGUAUAAAAGCCAAAAACACCAAGAAUACGGGAGUUUGGGUGAACGAUCAAGAAAAAAUAUGUGCAAUAGGAAUUCAAGUACAAAGAUACAUAACUUCACAUGGAUUUGCAUUGAACUGUAAUACAGAUUUAAAUUGGUUUAGUCAUAUAAUUCCAUGUGGAUUAGAAAAUAAACAGAUGACGUCCAUUUCUAAAGAACUAAGUAAAUUAAGGGGUGAGGAGGAGCAAAUUGGUGUGGAGGAAGUUUUACCAAAUCUAUGUAAUAGUUUUG